CUCUGUUGUCCCCUAACACACACACACACACACACACACUGAGUGACACGCAUUGUCUAUAUUUAUUUUUUAAGUCAGACAGCUGCAGUACUAACCAAAAAAGAGCAGAGAGAGACAGUGAGAGAAAUAGAUUCAGGGACGGACAGACAGACAAAGAGUGGAUGGUGGGAACACGUUCAUUUUUGACUCUUGAGAGCAGCCACAUGAAGAUAGUGAACUAUUGAGCCAGGUACCUGAUCUCCAGAAAUCCUGCACCUCCUGCUCUGGUUCUGAUCGGAUCAUGGAGGGAGGUGGUGAAGCACCCAUGAGCACCUUCAUCAUGGAUGAGGAAACGCUCAAGAGGAAGCAGAGAGAGAAACUCAAGAAGCUCCAAGCUACAGGUGGAAACCCACGGCCUGCGCGAUCCCUCCUCUUCCUCACGCUGAAGAACCCCUUCCGCAAGGCCUGCAUCAACAUCGUAGAGUGGAAACCGUUUGAAAUCAUCAUCCUCCUCACCAUCUUUGCAAACUGUGUAGCUCUGGCCGUUUUCAUGCCAAUGCCUGAGGAAGAUACGAAUAACACCAACAGCAACCUAGAGAGUCUCGAGUACAUUUUUCUCAUCAUAUUCACUAUGGAAUGCUUCCUGAAGAUUGUGGCAUAUGGAUUACUCUUUCAUGCUGAUGCUUAUUUACGGAACUGCUGGAAUAUAUUAGAUUUUGUCAUUGUAACAAUGGGGUUGUUCACUGUCGUGGUGGACUUCAUCAAUAACAUCAGCGGCGUCGAGGCGCCAGUGGAACAGAAAGGCGGGUUUGACAUGAAGGCCCUCAGAGCGUUCAGAGUCCUGCGGCCUCUGCGGCUCGUCUCUGGGGUCCCCAGCCUGCAGGUGGUGAUGAGCUCCAUUCUCAAGUCCAUGCUGCCCCUGUUCCACAUCUCUUUGCUGGUCUUCUUCAUGGUCACCAUCUAUGCCAUCAUAGGCCUGGAGCUUUUCAAAUGCAAAAUGCAUAAAACAUGUUACUACGCCGGCACAGAUAUCAUCGCCACGGGGGAUGACGCGUGUGCAGCUCCGUGUGCUCAGGCCGGUAACGGCAGGCGCUGCACUUUAAACGGAACGGAGUGCCGAGGCGGAUGGCCCGGGCCAAAUGAUGGCAUCACCCACUUUGAUAAUCUGGGUUUUUCCAUGCUCACUGUAUACCAGUGCAUCACCACUCAGGGCUGGACGGAUGUUCUGUAUUGGGUGAAUGAUGCAAUUGGAAUGGAGUGGCCCUGGCUGUACUUUGUGACUCUGAUACUCUUGGGCUCAUUCUUCAUCUUGAAUCUGGUUCUGGGGGUUCUGUGCGGUGAGUUCACUAAGGAGCGAGAAAAGAGUUCUCGAAGUGGAGAGUAUCAGAAACUGCGGGAGCGUCAGCAGUUUGAUGAGGAUCUGAAGGGGUACAUGGAGUGGAUCACACAGGCAGAGGUCAUGGACAAUGACCAGGAGGGGCAAGGUCUGCUCCCACUUCAGAAGGACGGAUCUGAAACGGAAACUCUCUAUGAGCUGGAGGGACUGAACAAACUCAUGUUUUAUGUUCGACACGCACGUCGAUGGAACCGUUUUUUUAGGAGGAAGUGUCGUGUGUGGGUGAAGUCCAGAUUGUUCUACUGGCUGGUGAUUAUGCUGGUGUUCUUCAACACUCUGGCAAUCGCAACCGAGCACCAUAAUCAGUCCGAGUCUCUCACCAACUUCCAAGACAAUACCAAUAAGGUGCUGUUGUCUCUGUUUGCGGUGGAGAUGUUUCUAAAGAUGUACGCAAUGGGACUGCCGUCUUACUUCAUAUCCCUCUUUAACCGUUUCGACUGCUUUGUGGUGUCUGUGGGGAUCCUGGAGCUCAUUCUUGUUCACAUGGACGUAAUGUCUGUCAUGGGGAUCUCCGUACUGCGUUGUAUUCGGCUGCUGCGUCUCAUCAAAGUAACCCGGUACUGGACGUCACUCAGUAAUCUUGUGGCGUCACUCUUGAACUCUGUGCGUUCCAUCGCCUCCCUGCUGCUGCUCCUCUUCCUCUUUAUCGUCAUCUUCGCUCUGCUCGGCAUGCAGGUUUUUGGGGGGAAGUUUAAUUUUCCAGAUGAGUAUGUGAGACGAAGCAACUUUGACAAUUUUCCUCAGGCUCUGAUCACGGUUUUUCAGAUCCUGACAGGUGAAGACUGGAACUAUGUCAUGUACGAUGGCAUCAUGGCUCAUGGGGGUCCCGCCAUGCCUGGAAUCCUGGUCAGCAUUUACUUCAUUAUCCUGUUCAUCUGUGGAAAUUACAUCCUCUUGAAUGUCUUCCUGGCAAUUGCGGUGGAUAACCUGGCUGAGGCAGAGAGCCUGACCUCCGCCCAGAAAGAGAAGGCAGAGGAGAAGAAACGCAAAAGGCUUCUUAGAGAAAACCUACCUGAUAAGGGCGAGGAAGAGAAGGCCAUGCUGGCAAAGAAACUAGCUGAGCAGAGAGCCAAGAUUGAUGGAAUUCCCACCACAGCCAAGCUCAAAGUGGAUGAAUUUGAAUCAAAUGUGAACGAGAUUAAAGAUCCAUUUCCUCCAGCUGAUUUCCCGGGUGAUGAUGAGGAGGAAGAACCAGAGAUUCCCCUCAGCCCUCGGCCUCGUCCAAUGGCAGACCUGCAGCUGAAGGAGACAGUGGUGCCAAUGCCAGAGGCCAGUUCCUUCUUCAUCUUCGGCCCACAGAACAAGUUCCGUAAACUCUGCCAUCGCAUUAUCAACGCCACGACCUUCACCAACAUCAUCCUCCUCUUCAUCUUGCUCAGCAGUAUCUCAUUGGCUGCAGAGGACCCCAUUGACCCAAUGUCCUUCAGGAACCAGGUCCUGGCCUACGCUGAUUAUGUCUUCACCUCAGUUUUUACUGCAGAGAUUGUGCUGAAGAUGACCACAUACGGUGCCUUCUUACACAAGGGGUCUUUCUGCCGUAAUUCCUUCAACAUACUGGAUCUGAUUGUCGUCGGCGUCUCCCUGCUGUCCAUGGGAAUGGAAUCAAGUGCCAUCUCAGUGGUAAAGAUCCUCAGGGUCCUGAGGGUGUUGAGACCUUUAAGAGCCAUUAAUCGCGCCAAAGGUCUCAAACAUGUAGUCCAGUGUGUGUUUGUGGCCAUCAAGACCAUCGGCAAUAUCGUUUUAGUCACGAUGCUCUUGGAUUUCAUGUUCGCCUGCAUUGGCGUCCAGCUUUUCAAGGGGAAAUUUUUUUUCUGCACAGACCCGCUCAAAAUGACGGCAGAAGAAUGCCAGGGAACAUUUAUUCAACACCAGGAACAUGGUCUUCACAACAUGGUGCUCCAUCAACGUAUGUGGAUGAACAGCGACCUAAACUUCGACAACAUUCUGAACGGAAUGCUGGCUCUCUUCACCGUUUCGACAUUCGAAGGCUGGCCAGUCUUGUUGUAUAAAGCCAUCGACUCGAAUCUGGAAAACGUCGGCCCAAUUUACAACAACCACAUUGAGAUUUCCAUCUUCUUCAUCGUCUACCUCAUCCUCAUCGCCUUCUUCAUGAUGAACAUCUUUGUGGGCUUCGUUAUUGUCACCUUCCAGGAACAGGGAGAGCAGGAGUACAAAAACUGCGAGCUGGACAAAAACCAGCGUCAGUGUGUCCAGUACGCCCUGAAGGCCCGACCCCUGAGAUGCUACAUCCCCAAGAACCCGUAUCAGUAUCAGGUGUGGUACAUCGUCACUUCUUGUUACUUCGAGUACCUGAUGUUUCUGCUCAUCAUGCUCAACACCAUGUGUCUGGGGAUGCAGCAUUGUAACCAGUCAGAUCACAUCACCCAUCUUUCGGACAUGCUGAAUGUCAUCUUCACCGUAUUGUUCACAGUGGAAAUGAUACUUAAACUCGGCGCAUUCAAAGCAAAGGGUUACUUCGGGGAUCCCUGGAACGUCUUUGAUUUCGUAAUAGUGGUGGGCAGUAUCGUUGACGUCAUUCUAAGUGAAAUUGAUGCGGCUCUCGCUGCUCAGGGCGGAUUGUACUGCCUCACUGGCUGUUCUGAAGUGAAUCCAAUGCAAGCUAUAGCAGACUCUGAGAACAUGAGUGUGUCAAUCACACUUUUCCGGCUUUUCCGUGUCAUGCGGCUGGUAAAACUGCUCAACCGCUUUGAAGGGAUUCGGAACCUGCUCUGGACCUUCAUUAAAUCAUUCCAGGCUUUGCCAUAUGUGGCUCUCCUCAUCGUUAUGCUGUUCUUUAUCUACGCCGUCAUCGGCAUGCAGGUGUUUGGCAAAAUCGCAUUACUAGAUGGUACCGUGAUCAACCGCAACAACAACUUCCAAACGUUUCCUCAAGCUGUUCUAGUGCUAUUCAGGUGUGCCACAGGUGAGGGGUGGCAGGAGAUCAUGUUGGGCUGUUUGUACGGUCAGCGCUGUGACCCCAAGUCAGAAUACCUACCUGGAGAGGAGUACACCUGCGGCUCUGGAUUCGCUGUCCUGUACUUCAUGAGUUUUUACAUGCUUUGCGCUUUUUUAAUCAUUAACCUGUUUGUGGCUGUGAUCAUGGACAACUUUGACUAUCUGACCCGUGAUUGGUCAAUACUGGGGCCGCAUCAUUUAGAUGAGUUUAAGAAGAUCUGGGCUGAAUACGACCCGGAGGCAACAGGCCGCAUUAAACACCUGGACGUCGUGACGCUGCUGAGGAGAAUCCAGCCACCGCUGGGGUUCGGAAAGUUCUGUCCCCAUCGUGUUGCCUGCAAAAGACUGAUCUCCAUGAACAUGCCUCUGAACAGCGAUGGAACGGUAACGUUUAAUGCCACGCUGUUCGCUCUGGUCAGAACAGCACUGAAAAUUAAAACGGAAGGUAAUUUUGAGCAGGCAAAUGAAGAGCUGCGUGCAAUUAUUAAGAAGAUCUGGAAACGCACCAGUAUGAAACUGCUUGACCAGGUCAUUCCACCAAUCGGAGAUGACGAGGUGACCGUGGGGAAGUUUUACGCCACAUUCCUGAUCCAGGACCACUUCAGGAAGUUCAUGAAGCGGCAGGAGGAAUAUUACGGAUACCGGCCGAACAAGAAAAACAAAAACACCACAGAGAUACAGGUCACACAUCUCUUCAACUCUGCAUGUGUGUCACACUAUGAUCAGACAGUCUCAAUCUGCUCUCUCUCGUUCUCUCAGGCGGGUCUGAGGAGCAUCGAGGAGGAAGCUGCUCCCGAGCUGCAGCGGGCGAUUUCUGGAGAUCUCCUGAACGACGAGGAGAUGGACCGAGCGAUGGAAGAGGCCGGAGAGGAGGGAAUCUACAGGAGAGCAGGCGGCCUGUUCGGCAACCACGUGGAUCCGUUCACUAUGGAGAGAGGAACCCCGAUGCCCACCCAGGUGACCAGCCAGCGCCCACUACAGAUCGCAGACAGCCGAGCAGAUGAGAACGAGGCCUCGCCCUCAUACGUUAAUUACCACGCCAACACCAAUAACAACAACACUAACAAUCACAGACGGCACAGAUGUGGACCACAUUUCCCAUCCAGACAGCACGGUCCAAUGAGUGCAGCUGAGUUCCUCAUCCAAGAGGCUCUGAUCGCCGGAGGUUUGGCGAGUCUCGCCAGCGACUGCCGUUUUGUGUCCGUGACGAAGGCUGAGAUGGCCGCGGCGCUGAACAUGGAUCUCGCCGCGCUGGAAAGGAAAUCAGCAGCCGUUCUUAAUAAACGUAAUGGACAGUGUUUGUUCAGGAAGAGGAGUGCGGCAACGUCUCGUCCUGAUUCGACACACUGCCAGGUGUAAUGUUCAUCAGAGGCGUUUGGUAGAGCGAAAUUAAGACAAAAAGAAGACAUAAGUGAUUCAACUGUGAGGACUGUUUUAUGAGCCAGUACUGCAGAAGUGUUCAAACAUAUCGAAAAAAGGACUGAUAAUGGGUUUUUCAAUUUACAUAUAUAAAAAUAUGAAUGAAAAGUACAUAUCAUCGCUCUUGAACGGAAACCUUGUAUUUCCAAAAACUCGGCUAUGACAAAUGCUAGACUAAAAACAUUUCAGAAAUGGUGAUAUAUAUGUCGACUUUUCGUUUCACAUUCGAUAUUUGAUAGCAAAUGUGAACUAAAUUAAAAGAACACUUAUAGCACAACAUAUUUCCCAACUAAAGUGACUCUUCUGAGGUGAUUAUACUGCUUCUUUUGAAUUAUACUGUGAGUGAACUUGGAUUAGGGGGGAGUGGGGUAAGAUGAGCCAGUUGUAUCUUGGCAACCGUACCAUUUUAUUGUCAUGUGACCAUAUAUUUUAAAACCACCCAUCAUUUCUGCCAGACUGUGAAAAGGAGAAGCACAUUGGAGGAGUGGAAGUCGCUUAUUUAUUUUAAAAACUGUUUUUGGCUUUUCAAAGUAAAAUUUUAACAUAUAUUUUAUUUCAUCAAAGCAAAUUUGUCCAGGUCUAAAACUAUUUAUGAUGCAUAUUGGUGAUUUAGCAACGUAUAAAAGCAUGCAAGCUAAAUAUGAUUCUGAAUUGGUAAGCUAGAUUGUUUUUCCUAAAUUGGCAGCUAUGGGGCAAAGUGAGCCAAAUGCUGUGGGGUAAAUUGAGCCAGCGUUUUAACUUACCCCAUCAUAAGGCACUGAAUUUAAGUUAAAUCUGAAGUAUAAACUGGUGUCAUUUCAAUGUAAUAUUACGCAACUGGUUUAGUUUAUCUUUAUUUUUGAGUUUAUUUGAUAGGAACAGUGUUCAAGUACACCAAAUCCUUCUCUGAUCUUUAAUCAUUUAUAUCUUUCCACCUGUAGUCUCUAAUGGCCUAACAUUGUCAACAUUGCAGAAAAACUACCAUGUCAAGGACCUUUUGACUAAAACGUUUAUUAGUUUCAGUGACAUUUAUUCAUUGUUAUUUAGUUUUUAUUUAAUUCUACUCAACAAACUCUCUGUUUAGGAAGGUUACAAUUUUGAUGUUCAACAUAUUGUUUCAGAAAUGCAAACAAUUAAACGUACUGAAAUUUCAACGUCAUUUGGUUGGUUUUGUUGUUUAAGUUAGCUUUAAAAAAAUAAAUAUUUGUAAAUUAUUUUAACAAAGAAUAUUUCUAAAAGAAAUUUGAUUAUUAAAUUAGAUUUUAAAAUAGGCUAAUUAUCUUUAAAAUUUCACAUGGGUUUGAUUCAGAUUCAGUUUAGACCCACCUACUGACUCAGCACAACUUACCCCUAACCUGGGGUAAAUUGAGCCAGAGGAACACUUUUUUUUACAAGAAGCCAUAUUUUUAAGACCCUUUGUCAUAUAUGUAUUCUGAUCAUUUAAAAUAAUAGGAAACAUCCUGAAAUUACUUUAAAUACUUUAAUUGUACUUCAGCCUCAUUUUCCCUUAUCUUGAGGACCACAUAAGUAAAAAAUGGCUCAUCUUACCCCAUUCUCCCCUACACAGCAUUUCCCGACAUAAACUGGAUAAACUGAACCUUGUUUUACUCAAAAUGGUCAACUUGCUGGUUUUUGUUUAAUGUAACUUUAUGUACUUAUUAAUAAAUAUUAAGUUAUUAUAA